AUGCGCGCUCCUAGUCUCUGGCUUUGGGCCUCCUUUGUGGCUCCAUCUUUUGCCAUCCAUGCUCCUUGGAACCUUGGAAAUGGCUUUGAGCUCACCGUCAACAACAGCACCAACCGCCUGUCGAUUUCCCAGCAUGGUCGGACUAUUUGGGACACCGUGUCUGGUCACGCAUUCCUGAGUGCCAGCGGAGGCGAUGAUGAGGUCAUCGCUGCCAAUGGUAACUUCAAGAUCAACGAGGUCGACCAUGACAAGUGCAGUGGUCAGAAAAUCACCAAUGUCGCUCUUCACCCGCGACGAGGCAGUGCCAAUGAUCAUGCUGCCGUCAUCGAAGGCCAACUUACCGGUUGCGGUGACGCGAAUGUCGACUACUCCGUUGCGUUCUGGGUUCCGUCUCAAUUCCCUGAUCGCAUUGCUUUCAACGUUAAUGUCAACCCCGGAUCUUCAUCGGAUGCUGCCACGAAGAUUUUCCUCACCUACCGGUCUUCACCCACUGAGGAUUUCUACGGUCUUGGUGCUCAGGGCUCUUUCGCCUCCUUCAAGAAUCAAUCUGUUCCUAUAUUUUCCCGGGAGCAAGGUGUCGGUCGUGGCGAUCAGCCUGCUACCCGCCUUGAGAACAAGGACAGCUUCUUCGCCGGCGGAGACCGCUUCACGGCCUACUCUGCCGUUCCACAGUACAUCAGCUCCGAUGCCCGGGUGUUCCACCUGACUCAAGAGAGCUCUGCGUAUACCACUUUUGACUUCACCAACCCCAGUGCGGUGACUGUGCGCUAUGAUGCCCUUGCUGUCGAUGGCUACUUCAUGCAAGCAGAGAGCCUCCUCAAUGGAAUUACCAUGCUUUCCGAGUACACUGGUAAGAUGCCCGCCCUGCCCAAGUGGGUAGACACCGGUGCCGUGCUUGGUAUCCAAGGUGGACAAUCCAAGGUCAACCGUGUCGUGGAGCAAGGACUUAAGCUGGAUUGCCCUGUCGCUGCUGUCUGGUUGCAGGAUUGGUCUGGUACCCACUCCCAAAGCGUGUCUUACAUGUCUCUGAAUGUCUCUCGCUUGUGGUGGAACUGGGAGAAUGACGCGAAGCUGUACCCAACAUGGAACAAGUUUGUGCAGAGUCUUCGUGACGAGCACAACGUCCGGACUCUGGCAUAUAUCAACCCAUUCUUGGCCAAUGUCAGCACGAAGCCCGAUGGGUUCCGCUCCAAUCUCUAUGAAGAGGCCAGUCGCUUAGGAUAUCUGAUCCAAAAUUCCACUACCAAUGAUACUUCCGUCAUCUCCAGUGGCCCUGGCCUCGACGCCGGUAUUCUCGACCUCACCAACGCUGCUGGUCGAACUUGGUUCAAGGAAGUCCUGCUUGAUCAGGUUUGGAACGCCAACAUUUCCGGCUUCAUGACUGACUUUGGCGAGUACACACCCAUUUACAAGGAUACUCGCUUCGCCAACAAGAGCAUCGACCCCUUCUUCUAUCACAACGCUUACCCUCGGGAGUGGGCUGCUCUCCACCACUGGAUUGGCAAGAAUGUGUCCCAGUUCACGGACUCCAUCCUCUUCCACCGCUCAUCGGCCAUGGCUUCUAACCGUUACAUGAACCUCUACUGGGCCGGUGACCAGGUUACCAACUGGGGCGUCAAUGACGGUAUUAAGUCCUCCAUCACUGUCAUGGGCCACAUGGGCCUGUCAGGAUAUGCCCACGGUCACACCGAGAUCGGUGGAUACACCACAACAUGGGACAGCAACGGUGUUGUCAACCGUUCUUCUGAGCUUUUGGGUCGCUGGGGUGAGCUGUCCGCCGUCUCCAGUGCUGUCUUCCGUACCCACGAGGGUAACGUACCUCAGGUGAACGCACAGUUCUACUCCAACUCCACUACCUACUCCUGGUUCAGCUACAACGCUCGGAUGUUUGCCAGUCUGGCUACCUACCGGCGCCGUAUCUUGGACACGGAAAGUAAGAAAUUGGGAUGGCCUUUGCUCCGAAUGCCGGUUAUCUACCACCCCACCGAUCCCGUUGCGAAGGCUAUCAGCUACGAGAGCUUCUAUCUUGGAUCUGAUCUUUACGUCGCACCGGUGCUUGACCCUGGUCACACCAGUGUCAAGGUCUACUUCCCUGGCAAGCAUGAGAUUUAUACUCAUGUGUGGUCUGGAAAGAAGUACCACGGCGGCCAGACUGCCCGAGUCCUUGCCCCAUACGGAAAACCCGCCGUCUUCGUCGUCGGUACUCCGAAGAACAACGAUCUCGAUGAUUUCCUGCAGUUUGUUCGGCAGGAAAACAGCACCGUCAUUCACUUCUAG